GCGAGUAGGCGGGGCCAGUGUAAAAUGCUGGGCUUAGGGGGGCGGUGGCUUUGAAUGUUGGAGGCGUGUUUGUGGCAGAACUGGGCAGCUCGCCUGCUGUCCCGUCCCUCCCGCGUCUCCUCUCCGCCAGCAUCUGUAGGGCUCGCCUCGGCCGCCACUCAUGGCGCUCUAGUGGCUGCAGUUCCCCCCCACAGUCCCAGUGCGCCCUUGGGGCCGCUCCUUUCCCGAGCAUGGCACCGCGGAGUUCCUCGGACAAGCGUGGCAUGGACUCCUCUGACUCCUCCCUGCAGCAGCAGCCUGCAUGUGCCUGUCCGAAACGUUGUGGGAGCUGCCGGCUCUUUCUGGGCUUUUUCGUCCUGUCAUUGUCCUUACACCUGGUGACCAUUUGCUGCUAUCUGGAAUUGCGCUCGGAGUUAAGACGGGAGCUGUCUAGGGGUUCGGGGACAAGUGAAGCUCCGGUAGGGACUUUGCAGCAGUGGAGGACUGCUUUGCGACUGGUUGACAUGCAGCAGCCCAACGACCGGCGACAGGUAGCACUGCUAAAUAGCUUGAGUGCUGAAGUGAAAUCGCAUCUGGAAGAAGAAAGCAGGCGUUUACGGAGGACAAAAAGGAACAAAGGCAGUGAAGGCUCUGAGAAUCCAGGUUCAUCCAAAAACAAGAAAAAAGGUAAGAAGAUUGGGCCUCCAGGGCCAAUAGGUCCACCAGGGCCCACAGGGCCACCUGGACCACCAGGACCUCCAGGAAUCCCAGGUAUUCCUGGAAUCCCAGGCACAGCAGUGAUGGGACCACCUGGACCUCCAGGACCACCAGGGCUGCAAGGCCCCCCUGGAAUUCAAGGCCCAACAGGUGCUACUGACAAAGCAGGACCUAGGGAGACCCAGCCAGCUGUUGUGCAUCUGCAAGGGCAAGGUUCUGCAAUACAAGUUAAAAAUGAUCUUUCAGGUGGAAUCCUCCAUGACUGGUCUCGCAUUGCCAUGAACCACAGGGUGUUUAAGCUGCACACCCGAAGCGGUGAACUGGAGGUGUUGGUGGAUGGUACCUACCUCAUCUAUAGUCAGGUAGAAGUUUACUAUAUAAACUUCACAGAUUUAGCAAGUUAUGAGGUGGUAGUGGACGAGAAGCCCUUUCUCCAAUGCACUCGCAGCAUUGAGCCUGGAAAGACUAACUUCAAUACCUGCUACACUGCCGGGGUCUGCCUUUUAAAGGCCAAGCAAAAGAUCGCAGUAAAGAUGGUCCAUGCAGAUAUAUCCAUUAAUAUGAGCAAACAUACAACUUUCUUUGGAGCCAUCCGUUUGGGAGAGGCACCUGGAUCAUAAGGCUGGCAGGGCAGCCACAAACCUAUUAAUAACUGCACGAGGUUGCUGCCCCAAGAUUGCUUUUCCAUUCUCCGAACCACCAAAAAUGCCUGGGGAGUUAGUCCUUCUGUCACGUGAGACAAAAACGUUCACGGGAUCAUAUAAGGAAAUCCGGCCCGUGAGAUAAACCUGAUGGAGAAGAAUGCAAUGAAUUCUGUUCUGGUUUUGCUACACUGUGAUUCCCAAAUCCUUGUAAGAAGCAGCUGCAACAUUCUGCUCAGAAGCAGGUCCUUUCUGCCAGUGUUCCUAAAGACAUGAUGUGAUGUUUCUUGCACUAGCUGGCUGGCACAAACGGAACAUGGAAGCUGGUGAACUUGUCCGAUAGUCACUGGGAUACUAACCUGAGUUAUUGUGUCGCCCCUUGCGUUCAUGCUUCGUAUAUACAUCAAUACUCACUCUGUUCAGCUUUAGUAUUCUACAGUCCUGAAACCAAAGGAAGAUCCUUAGCUCAGAUUUAACAGUGCAGAUAUCAAACCUAUGGUACUAAAAGCCUUGGUUUUUUUUUUAGUGUACAUUAAAAAUACCUACAUUUUUUUUUUUAAUAUUUAUUUUGGUUUUAUAAAGUAUUUGUCCUUGGCCAAGCUAUCACCAUCACAUAAUUGAAUAUUUCUUUUGCUGUGAGUAACUAAAAAACUAAAUUU